UAGGAGUUGCUGUUCUUCAUUACCACAAGCAAACAAGGAAGAAGCAUGUGAAUAAGAACGGGAGAGACUUAACAUGCUAAAGAUGUCAUCGGGCACAAAUCUCUCUGAAGAGCAUCUCCAGUGCUCCAUAUGUCUCUGCGUCUUCAACGAUCCUGUCUCCACUCCGUGCGGACACAACUUCUGCAUGGGGUGCAUCAAAGAGUACUGGGACACUGUCAAAAACUACCAGUGUCCCAUGUGCAAAGAAAAAUUCGUAGUGAGACCCGAGCUCAAAAUCAACACAACCUUCAGAGAUGUGGUUGAUGACUUCAAGUCAAAGGCGGUGAAGAGUUACGCAAAACCAGAAGUGCCCUGCGACAUCUGCACUGGGCCGUCGAGGUCCACCGCUGCAAAGUCCUGCCUCGCCUGCCUGGUCUCCUAUUGUGAGGCUCACCUGGAGCCUCACCGUAGAGUUCCAGUCCUGAAGAAGCACCGUCUGAUAGAUCCCUCCGGCAACUUGGAGGAGAGGAUGUGCAAGAAUCACGAGCGUCUUUUAGAACUGUUCUGCAUUGAUGACCAAAUGUGUCUUUGUAAAUUCUGCAUUGACACGGACCACAAGAGCCACAGCACCAUUCCACUGGAAGAGGAAUGUGCCCGCCGCAAGAUUCAUUUGGAGAGGACCCAUCAAGACAUAGAGCUGAUCAUUAAAGAGAGACUAAACCAGAUCAAGAAGGUCAGGGACACCGUUCAGACAAACAAGGAAUCCACUGAAAGGGAAAUAUCAGCUAGUUCUGACAUCUUCUUGUCCUUCAUACAAGCUGUUGAGCAAAGCCAGGCAAAACUGGAGGAGGCCGUCGAGGCCAAGCACACUAACAUCAGGAGGAAAGCAGAACGACUCAUCAAAGAACUGGAAGAGGACAUUGUGCAGUUAACAGAGAGAAACACGAAAUUGGAGCAGUUGUUUCACACUGACGACUAUGUCCAUCUCCUUCAGGUCUACCCGUCAAUGCGCAGCGUUCCAAAGUUAAAGAUCUUCCGUGAGUUGAACAUCAACUCCGACCUGUGCAUGGAUGGCCUAUGGCCAAUUAUAUCUGAGCUGAAGCAAUCCUUUCACACAGAAAUCAACAACCUAUCUGGCAUUCAGUUGAAGAGGAUUCAAAAAUAUGAAGUGGAUGUUAUCCUGGACCCAUGCACCGCCCACCCAGAGCUGGUGCUGUCGGACGACAUGAAGCAGGUUUCAUUUGGACACAAGCGCCACAGAUUUGCCGACACGCCAGAGAGAUUUGAUUCCGCUGUGUCUGUCUUGGCAAAGGAAGGUUACUGUUCAGGGCGCUUCUACUAUGAAGUGCUGGUGAAGGGUAAAACUGACUGGGAUUUAGGGGUGGCUAGUGAAUCUAUUAAUAGAAAAGGAGAGAUUAAGCUCUCUCCGGAGCACGGAUAUUUUACAAUCGUCCUGAGGAACGGGGAUGGCUACAUGGCUGCCGCAGGUCCCACUGUCUCCCUCAGCCUGAGCCAGAGCCCUGAAAAGAUUGGCGUGUUUGUGGAUUACAAUGAAAGCACGGUGUCUUUUUACAAUGUCGAUGCUCUGUCUCAAAUUUAUUCUUUUACUGGUCUCUCGUUUACUGAGAAACUCUAUCCAUACUUUAACCCUUUCCUUAGUGAUGGAGAGCGUAACAAUGCGCCUCUUAUCAUCACGCCUGUCAGUCAGUCCACAGGCUUAUAAAUCAUGCAAAAUACAGCAUAGGUCAAUGAACAGCUUGGGCAGCCAUGGCUCAAUGGUUAGAGCACUGGUCUUUAGAUUAGAGGAUUGCAGGUUCAAAUCCCACCCUUACCAGCGCCUUCAUCCAUGGCUGAAGUGCCCUUGAGCUAGGCACCUAACCCCACAUUGCUCCAAGGCCUGUAACCAAUACCCUGUACCUAAAUAACUAAGUCGCUUUGAAUAAAUAAGGCUUCAGCUAAGUGCAAUGGAAUAAUGUAAUGUAACAGCUUUGCCUUAAGUGUCCUUUAUGAAAAAACUAUGUUGUGGUAUUAAAACGGCUGUACAGCAUUAGGGGUGCAAUUGUGCAAUAUUUUUUGACAGGAAAAAAACUGCAUAUUAAAAAAAUGCAGAAUUUUUUAAUGCAGUAUGUAAUAUUUUGGGAACACUACAGUAUAUUGAAAAUAAACUACAGUUUUCCUGUUAUAAACAGCUGCCUAUUUAUUUUUCACAAGUGGUAGCCUAUAACCAACACUAUAUACAGUACAUGUUUAACUCGUGUAAAAUAGUUUGUAUAGUUUGUUUUCAGGCCAGGAAUAGUAAACAUGCAAAACAUUGUGUUUAGAAAGGUGAUUUGUACAAUGCCAUUAAAGGUUGUUUAGUCUGUCUCAUUGUGUGAUUGCCAGUGCAAUUACAGAUGGAUUACCUGGAACUAAAUAUGUCACUGAACUUCAAUUUCCGGCCCUCAUUUUAUUAUAUUA